AUGUUUACGGCCCAUAUGAGCCACGACGAUUUGUGGGAUGCUGGCCUACAGAACGCAGGCAACUACACCGCAGUGCACCAACACCUCUUCGCGCUCAAUGCAGCUGGACGCCGUUAUAUGCUCCGAGUGUUUCACCAACUCGCUCGUGUGAGUACGGCAGUUCAAAGCUACUUUGAGGCACGCCGCGGGCUGGAGGCAGACAUCGUGGAAAUCGGAAAGAACAUUUCCCUGGAAGCCCGCGGUCGUGAGCGGGAGUGCGCUUUGGCUGCCGAGGAGGCUGGUUUAUUAGCCUCAGAAGAACGCCGUCCGUCCAACACCCGCCAGCGCAACUGUCGGACUGAUCCGAACGAAGCGUACCGGUGGUGUAUGGCCUAUUUGGCCGGAAACCGGACCUUCGCUUCGCCGGGGAAAAACGGGCAGUUGAUACUGCAACCGUACGCCGGUGCCCAAGUUGACCUUGCGCUGCGGGCGGAAAAUUGGACGCGCGUUCUGGCAAGCGCACAGAAGACCGCGCGGAACACGAAGGGGGCCAAAGCGGGAGUCACGCGUUACGCCGAGCUGCACAAACUGCUGGCUCAGCGGAUGGAGCAACUGCGGCAGCUGGACGCAGUGAUCGACGCCGUGGAGGCCGAACGGCAUAUCUUUUAUAAUUUUUUAUGCCGUGCCAUCGUGGGCAUGUCACCGCUGCACCAGGUUUCUCAGAGUGCAGACGCGUUCAUUGCUGCAGUUGGCGUGCACGCGCACAUGGAUAUGGAUCUUGAUUAA